AUGGAGAUCGUUCCAGAAACUACGUUAGUUAGGAAAAGACUUCCCGACGAGAUAAUCCCAGUAGCUGCCUCACAAUCCCACGCCUUCCAAGAAAAGGACAAAGAGAACGCCGCUAAAUAUGCAAUAGAUCUGGACCUGGAAACAACUUCUGUUACAUCCCACGGGAUGGAUCAUAGUGGAGAAUCCUGGCUGAAGAUAACACUUGAUAAGGUUUACUGCGUGCGACACGUGGUGUGGUUUAAGAAGAAUGGUAGUCCCCAUCUCACUUGGAAUUGUACCUCUGCAGACUGUGACAUCUGUGAAGGAGGCUACUGGUGUAGUGAUUACUCCAUGAUAGUUGAAAGUGAAAGAGAAACUAAAGAUAGUGUUCGUCCUGUCCCUGGCUGUAAGCAUGGAGACAGUGUAAAGUUACAGAGAAAUAGUGGUCACGAGUUCUACAUGUGGGAGAUAGCCAUUGUGGGCACUCAAGAAUUGAGCCUAUUGUCGGAGAAUCUGGUUGCAACACAAAAAAGCAUUGGGUGGGAUGGAGAACCUACACGAGCAAUCGAUGGGAACAGAAGUGGGGAAUGGAGCGACGGAUCCUGCACCCGAACUGAAGGAGCCGCAGGAAACUGGUGGAUGGUGGAACUUAACCAGAACUACAAAAUUACAAAAGUACUUGUGUAUAACAGAAUGGAUUGCUGUCAGGACAGAAUUGAUGACGCAAAGGUGUAUGCAGGAGCAGUAUAUUGCGGUGAUAUUAAGGUUGAGGAAGGCAAACAAGUGUACGAGAUAUCCUGUCAAGGAGCAGUAGCAGGAAGUAUUAGGAUAGUUCAACCUUACGAUUAUUUAACUAUCUGUGAAGUUGAGGCAUUUGGAAUACCGACUGAUGAUGUAGCCCUCGAGAACGUUGCUACAGGUAAACCUGAUUGGCAGAGCAGUACAGGGUGGGGAGGAUUACCAUCACGUGCCACUGAUGGGAAUAUUAACGGAAUAUGGGCCAGGAAGACCUGCAGUCACUCUGCAAACAACCAUUUCAACAUGUGGAAGGUGAAUCUGAUAGAAAUGUACGAUGUAGAUUCAGUAGUUAUUUACAACCGGGUGGAUUGUUGCCAACCACGACUAGACGGUGUUCAGGUGUACGUUGGUAAAACACUGUGUGGAGCUGUUAAAUGGGAGACUGACAAGACUGUGUAUCGAGUGAGCUGUUUCGGGACCGCUGGUAACACUGUUAAAGUAGCACAGGAUGAUGAGUUCCUAGCUUUAUGUGAGGUGGAGGUCCUAGGGAAACCGAGUGUCAAGCGUGGACAAUUCAUAAACGUCGCUGGGGAUGGUAAGGCUACACAAUCAAGUACUGGGUGGAACGGGGUAGCAGGAAUGGCUAUUGAUGGAGACACUAACGGAGACUUGCUUGGUGGCAGCUGUUCCCAUACAGGAAAUGUUGAUGAUGGCUGGUGGAAUCUCGAGUUUCCUGACCCUGUCGAUAUCAGGAGUGUUGUUAUUUAUGAUAGAACAGAUUGUUGUCGAGACAGGAUUGAUGGGGUUAAGGUUUACGCGGAUGAAAUGCUCUGUGGUGAAGUUAACUACGUUUGGGGACAAGGUGUAUAUGUCAUCAACUGUGAGAGUGACACCUCUGAGAAUGUGUUUGGAACUAAUAUCCGUAUAGAAGCAGCUCCUAAGCAAUACCUUGCACUUUGUGAGGUCAAAGUCUUCUCAGACCCCACCGCUGAGGUUGGAGAGGAUCGUCUGGUUAAUCUGGCGUACCUCAGACCAACAUCACAAUCUUCAACGGAGUGGGGAGGCGUCUCCAGCCGUGCUGUUGAUGGUAAUGAAGCCGGAGCGUGGAAAUCGGGUGCUUGCACUCACACUGCAAGCGCAGGCUGGUGGAUGGUAGAUCUAGAGGACAACUAUAUUGUCAACAAAGUCUGGGUCAAAAACAGGAUUGAUUGUUGUGGUGACAGGAUCGAUGGUGUGAAGAUUUACGUUGGAGAUGUUUUCUGUGGGACCAUCAAAUACGACCCUCUAAAGUUCAGCUACGAAGUGAUCUGUAAGGAAGGUCAAGGAAUAGUUGGUGACACAGUGAAACUUGUAAACGACAAAACUUACCUGACUUUAUGUGAAGUACGGGUGUGGGGCCCUAAGGAACCGGUUGUUAUCAAUGUUCCUGAUGUGGAGGUUAUUGGUGAUAUGAGUGAUGCUGCUGAUGAUGCUGUUUCCAUUGCAGGGUGUAGUGCUGGACAGGUCGUUAUCUACUGUGACGUAUUCACCGGGAAUGUUGGUCUUUACUCGGAUGGAGUGCUGGUUAAUCCGAACACGGGAUCCUCUUGUUCAGCUUAUAACAGUGCUGGAGGUCAGGGUGUUAUUGCAAAAGCAGUAUGCUCGCAAAGUAUACAAAUCAAGGACCCCUGCAAUGGUCCAAAACUUCUGAAGUACAUCCACUUUUACAACAAAGGACCUAAUCCUAGCUUAGAGUGCCCCGUGGGUUAUGAACCUACCAUCUGUAACGCUCAUUCCAACUGGGAUGACUUAUUAGCUGACCAAGAAAUCAACGACAAAGGAAUCAUUCCAAACGAUAAAGCUUGUGCUGUGUCGGGCUGCGAAGAAGAUAGGUGGUGUGAUAUUACCCUGGUCUGCAAACUCAUGGAUGAUUUGGUUGCGUACGCUGCAGCGGUAUGUCCGGACUGUGGUGGUUGGAACUGUGAUCAGGAUGAGGAUUGUGAUAUGGUAGAGCAACUUCCUACCUGCUCCUUAAUACAGACUGGCUGUGAUGUUGACAAGUGUGGAGAACACGGAGAGUGCGAAGAAGUGGGAGCUACAGAUUACAAGUGUCACUGUGAGGAUGGCUUUGAGUUUGAUCUUGCUGGAACUUGCCUUCCCAGACACAGCAAAUAUCGAACUGUUUACGGAGAGAAUGCAAUUGGAGAUGAUGCUCGCAGUUACGCAUCCUGCAAGGAGGGAGAAAGGGUGAUGAGUUGCCACACGUUUGGUGCACCAAGUGCUGCUGAUGGAGUUACCAUUACAUCGUCAGGGGCAGUUUCAAGGUGUGAGGCUCGGGCUUCAAAUAGCGUGAAAUUUCCAAUCUUGGCAGUUGCCUAUUGUGGUAAUGAUACAGUGUACACUGACCCUUGCACCCAAGAUACGAUACAUGGCAUGGAGUACAGGUACAAUACGGGACAAUCUCCAUACGUGACCUGUCCUGAUGGGUAUUUUAUGCAGAACUGUCUUUUCCACAGCCCCUGGUCACAGUCUCUAACAUCGGCCAACAAAGCACGCAUCAAAAGUAUCAGUUCAAUCGAUGUAAAUGAUGAUGACUCUUGUUCUAUGGACAACUGCUUAGAUAAUCCUUCAGCUAGUAUGUGGUGCAAACUAACUGCUAUCUGCAAAAAACUAACUGGUGCGGAGUACCUGAAGGAAGCUUGUCCAACCUGUGAGGAUGUGAGAUGCCCAGUAGGAGAGGAGUGUAACAUGGUUCAUGACCUGCCUGUUUGUUUACCAAGGGUUCAUGGUGGUUGUGAAGUGGCGAGAUGCGGUCAAGGUGAUUGUCAAGAGGAUGAAGCUGACUACAAGUGCCUUUGUUACGAGGGCUACAGGUUCAAUGGAGUCACGUGUACAGAUAUUGAUGAGUGUGUUGAGGAGGACCCUUGUGGUAACGGACUGUGCAAUAACACUAUUGGGUCUCAUACAUGUGAUUGUGAUGAAGGUUAUGUGUCCCUAAAAGGAACCUGUGAGGAUAUCAAUGAGUGUUUGGCUGACCCCUGUGAUGAAACAGAGAGAUGCUCAAACAUUGAGGGGAGCUACAUCUGUGACUGUUUGGACUCACUAGUAAGGGAUCACAGUACUGGUGACUGUAUGUGUGCUGAUGGUUUUGAGGAGGAUAAGGAUGGAACUUGUGUGGAUAUUGACGAGUGCGAGCUGGAUCCUUGUAAAGACAAUGAGGACUGCUUCAAUACAGAUGGUAACUAUCACUGUGAGUGUAGGGAAGGCACAGAGAGAGGAGAAGGGGGAGUGUGUCAGGAAAUGGAGCCGGGUGAAUGUGAGGUCAUGCCUAUUAAAUCAGUUAUUGGAGCUUUCCGAGGCAACAAUGUUAACGUUAAGCUUCGCGGAGAAUCAAAGAAAACCUUUAAAAAGGAUACUCGUAUCACCUGGACCAGGAACAAUGAACCUUGGAAUCCUGAUGAAGAUGGCACUGAUAAAAUGAGGGGUUUCAUCAUCAGAGAUUUUGAUCCAGAAGAUGCUGGCGUGUAUGUAGGGUCAAUAUUCAUCGACCAAGAUGGAAAGACCUCCAAAUGCCAGUUUGACCUGAAGAUUGAGCUACUGGAUGGCUCAGUAAGUCUCAGGAUAACUAAUAAAGCAAGUCUGAUGAGGCCUCAGAAAGCAGGAAAAAUACUUAAAAUAAAAUGUGAUGUCGACAUGGUUAAGGUAAAACUGGACGAUCCCAAAAAUCCGGACAACAUUAACUGGUACAAAGUAACAGCUGACGGAGAAGUGAAGCUCGAUGAUGACUCUCACAGCGGCAUGUACAUUAAAAAAGGCGCAGGGAAUUACCAGCUGAUAUUCACACAACCCAAACACGAGGAUAGCGGCACGUACAGGUGCGAGUUCGACCAAAUGGGCGUGUCGGUUUCUACUGAUGUCACAAUAGAUGUGGUCUAACGAAUAUAAUGAAGUGGAACCGUGCAAUAAUAAUAUGCAACGAAAAUAAUAUUGAAUUGUUUAAUAAAGAUUGUUGGAUUUAAGAAAUUGAAUUAGACUUAGAGACCGAAAUAUAAACUAUAAGCAUUUUAAUUACUCGUUUUUUAGCUUAAUCAGUUCUGUUAUGGAAGACUAUCUGGUCAAAUUAAAACGAAUUGCAUACUUAGCUGUUUAGAUUCUGAAUUUUAUCACUAUCAAUAGGAUACUCAAACUUGUUUUAUAUCGUUGUCGGACGUUGGUAGUGCUACAAACUAUAAAUGAUUAAAAUCGAUUAGUUCUGACGUUAGCUAUAGAGGUUCUUUCACAAUUUAAUGCCUAUUUUUGCGGUAUUACAGACGUAUUAAUUAUGAAAAUAAAUUUGUUGAAACCCUAACAUUUUCUUGAAAUAUCUAAAUCGAUUUUUCGAAAAGACUUAUGUAUGCGUGUCUUAUAAUGUCAUUAAAAAACAAUCCAUAUUCUCUGUCGUCGAGUCUAGAUAAUUUAUAAGGGACCGUUCACUUUUUUACAUGAACAAGCUAUUUUGAAUUUGACCGCAGACGUGCAGUCUUUUAUUUAUAUUGUUUUGUUUUGAACAAGUAAAAUAGAUCCG